UUACGAGUUGUUGCAGAUACAAAUUGGAUACGAUUGGGCAGCGCCUAAAUAUGGUUUACUUUAGUCCGCGUGGCAUGCAACCGUGUAGUCCGUCGGGUGUAAUUGCAAUGAUGCCGCCAUCGAAGAGUCCCAUCAUGGAAACCGCCGCCAGCGACAGCAAUCCAACAAAUGCCAACAGCAGCAGCAGCGAUGCCAAACGCUCCUGCCCCUUGAAGUUCUCCAUUGCCAAGAUCAUGGAGCCGGAUACGAAACCAACAAAUAAUAUGGUGGCAGCUGUUGCUCCUCCGCCGCCUCCACCGCCUCCUUCGGCUUCUACGCGUCUGCAUUUGGAGUUGCAGGAGGAGGAGCCGCAUUAUGAGGACUCGGAGCGUUCUUGCAGCCCCAUUGAGGUGACUGGCGACGAUGAUGAGUUGCCAAUGCCCAUCAACUAUGAUUCCGCCUUUAAAAAAUAUGUGCCUGGCAACAGUUGCAGUUCCAGUGUGACCUCCACUUCCGCAUCCGCCUCCGCCUCCGCUUCGGCUGUGCAACAAUUUGUGAGCACGCGGCAUCAGGAGCUGCUCUCGCAGUAUCCGCUGCUCUACUAUGCACCCAAUCAGCUGAUGUGUGCCGCUGCUGCCGCACAGUAUGCGGCACUUACCGCCCAGCAGCAGAUGAGCAGCUUUACCGCCUCCUUGAAUGCCACAUUGCAUCAUUCGCAGUCGCUGCGCCGCAACUUGGGGCAGCAUCCAUUGGCCGCCGCCGCCGCCGCUGCUGCAGUGGCUCAGGCGCAGCAGCAGCCGACUGGCUUGCAACAGACUCUGGAAAAGUCACCAGCUCGCAAUCCUCUUGCCUCCUCCGUUUCCGCUUCUGCCUCUGUUUCCUCCGCGCAGCAGGUGAAUCUCAAGCGCAAGCGUUCGCCGCAGGAGGAACUGCGAACGCCGCCAUUGUUGCCCCCAAUUGGAGUCACUAGUUCGCAACGUUCCCGCUCGCCGUCGCCACAUGGCUCCAUGGAGGACAGCAGUCCAGGGUCGGCGAAUGGCGGCAAGCCGAAGACCUUCUCCUGCCUGGAAUGUGGCAAGGUCUUCAAUGCCCACUACAAUCUCACCAGACACAUGCCCGUACACACGGGUGCCCGUCCGUUUGUGUGCAAGGUGUGCGGCAAGGGAUUCAGGCAGGCAUCGACUCUCUGCCGGCACAAGAUUAUCCACACGUCGGAGAAGCCGCACAAGUGCCAGACCUGUGGCAAGGCCUUUAAUCGCAGCUCCACUCUCAAUACGCAUGCGAGGAUUCAUGCCGGGUAUAAGCCGUUCGUGUGCGAGUAUUGUGGCAAGGGAUUCCAUCAGAAGGGCAACUAUAAGAACCACAAGUUGACGCACAGUGGCGAGAAGGCCUACAAGUGCAACAUCUGCAACAAGGCCUUCCAUCAGAUCUACAAUCUCACCUUCCACAUGCACACACACAACGACAAAAAGCCGUACACGUGUCGGGUGUGCGCCAAAGGAUUCUGCCGUAACUUUGACCUCAAGAAGCACAUGCGCAAGCUGCACGAGAUCGGCGGCGAUAUCCUGGAUGAUGAUCUGCCGCCGGCGUACGAGCGUCGCAGGGAGUACACCCGCAGGGAGCCACUGUCCAACUACAGUCAGGCCAGCCAGUUGACGCCCGACAGCUCCUCGGGCAGCCUGUCGCCGCCCAUCAAUGUGACCACGCCCCCCCUGUCCAGCGGCGAGGGCAGCAAUCCCGCCUGGACGCGUACUCCAUAUCAGGAGACGGCUGCCACAGCUCCAACUGGACACUUCCACCAUCAUCAUCUGCAGGUACCGCCGGCGGGACUACAUUCCGAAUAUCCAGGCGGUUCCCCGUUCCUGCAACUGACACAUCCCGCCCAGCAACAACAACAGCAACAACAACAACAACAACAACAACAACAACGUUUAUCUGCAGCUGCCUUGGAGAAUGUGCCAUUUAUUGCCAAAGUAUUUUGACAGCGAUACUAUGCGGACAAUUUGGCCAACUGUACGGCAUCCUCGACUUCUUCUUCCUCUGUAAGUGGAGCCAAAUCGGAGGCAACUGCGACCAAGGCCAGCAGUGAUCUAUUAAUCGAUUGACUGCAGCUUGUUUCGGCUGUGGCAGCUGCCACAACGACAACUUCGCCGGGAGAUGCCACAAGCGUCGACUCCGAUUCCCCGGACUUCAGUUGCACAACACUGGGUAGUGCUGUACGUUCCCUCAAUGGACUUCUCUAAAACUGUUCCCAUUCUUAUAACCCACCCUACCAAAUGGUUUCAAUCUAAAAUGUGCAAUAUUAUAAAGAUACAUCUCUAUAUAUACAGAUACGGAUACAGAUACAGUUACAAUUAGAACUACAGUUCGUUCUCCGCCUGAGAAUUUUGUGUCGAUUUCAUUUGUACACUUGUAAAUAUUAAAAUUAUUAUUGUAUUAUAUCAAAUGUUUCAUGUGUAGACCUUAGACUUCUGCAUUAUAAUCGAAAUAUGUGUACAUUUCAGCUAGUUAGUACCUAAUUUAGUUAGUUGCACGUCUAGGAUAUUUGAUCUGCAUUGCGAAUUGUGCUUAAUGAAUUGCAGAAGAGUUUACAAAUAAAUACUUACGAUAAAUAAAUAUUUGAUGUGUGAAUUAUAGUUGUUAGAGUGAAAAAGAAUUUUAAUAAAACUCAUUGAAAUUGUUUAGCACUUAAGUGAUAUUAUUGAUAAUGUUUAAGCAAUAAACCAAAUCUUCAACAUAA